AAUACAUCACAAGACGAAGCAUCGAUCCGGCACCAACGACGUGCGUGAUGGCCCAGCCGGCGGCGGUACGCGGGGAGCACGGCACCCACUUCCUCGUGGCGGCGUACGGGAUCCAGGGCCACCUCAACCCGGCGCGCGCCCUGGCCCGCCGUCUCGCCGCCAUCGACCGCGCCACGGCCACCCUCUCGGUGCCCCUCUUCGGCCACCGCCGCAUGUUCCCUUCCUCCUCUCCCGACGACCAGGAGGUCAGCGACGGCGUCAUCCACUACGCCCCCUUCUCCGACGGCCAAGACGACGGCAGCUGGCCCACGGGCUCGGGGGACGAAACGGCGCGCCGCCGCAGAGCGUCCUGCGACAGCCUCUCCGCCGUGGUGCGCCGCCUCGCCGCCGCCGGCCGCCCGGUCACCUGCGUCGUGUGCACGCUCAACAUGCCGACGGUCGUCCAGGUCGCGCGCGCGCACGGCCUGCCGCUCGCCGUAUACUGGAUCCAGCCGGCCACGGUGCUCGUCGCCUACUACCACUACUUCCACGGGCAUGGCGACGGCGGCAUCGCCGCCCACGCCGCUGACCCGGCGUACGAGGCCACCCUGCCGGGUCUCCGCCGGCCUAUGAGGAUGGGCCGCGACAUGCCGUCUUUCUUGGCCGACGACGCCACGGGCACCGGGGACGACCUUUCACAGAUGAUCGUUCGAGGUUUCCGCGAGAUGUUUGAGCAGAUGGACGACGAGGAGGUCAUCAUGAAGCCUUGCAUGGUGCUGGUGAACACGUCCGAAGCCCUGGAAGAGACGGCGCUGGAGGCGAUCCGGCCGUACCUGGGCGACGUCUUCGCCAUCGGCGCCCCCGUUGUUCCUCUUGCCGGAGCCGGAGAAGAUCAGGCCAUUCAUCUGUUCGCGCAGGACGAGGAGAAGAGGUACAUGGCGUGGCUGGAGACGCAGCCACCCAAGUCGGUGGUGUACGUGUCGUGGGGGAGCCUGCUCACGUACAGCGAGCGGCAGGCGGAGGAGAUCCUGCGCGGCAUCCGGCGCCUCAACCUGCCGUAUCUGUGGGUGGUGCGGCGGGAGGGACGCUCGCCGGAGGUGGACCGCCUCCUCCUGGCAACGGCAGCGGCCGUGCCAGAGGGAAUGGUGGUGGAGUGGUGUGAUCAAGUGCGAGUGCUGUCGCACCCGUCGGUGUCGUGCUUCGUGACGCACUGCGGGUGGAACUCGACCCUGGAGGCGGUGGCGUGCGGCGUGCCGGCCGUGGCGGCGCCGAGCUGGUCGGACCAGCCGGUGAAUGCUCACCUGCUGGCGGAGGAAUGGGGCGUGGCCGUCCGGGCGGAGCGCGAGGCCGACGGGGUGCUGACCGGCGCGGAGCUGGCGAGGUGCGUCGAGCUGGCUGUUGGCAGCGGCGACAUGGCCACUGCGAUAGCAGCGAGCUCGAGGGCUUGGAAGGAGAGGGUAAGGGAGGCGGUGGCCGCCGGUGCGCCGUCCGAGAGAAGCCUCCGGAGCUUUGUCAAGAGAGUGCAAGAACUGGAGUUUCUAAGGAGCAACUAAUAAUCUGCUCAGCGUCUACAUCUUGCCGUUGAUGCAACAAAAAAAGCAUACACACGAAUCUUAAAUCUUUUUCACAUGCUCAAUAAUUCCCUUAAUACAGUACAGUAACUAAUUAGGUUCUUCAUUUCCAUCACCUAAGCGCAAAUUAUGCUGCAAGUUUUGUUUCAGGCUUGUAAUGACUGUUUAUUUUUGCUGUGUGAAUCCAUUGACACAAAAUCUUUUCCUUCAGAAAAAUAAAUAAAGUAAGCAAAUGGAAAAUAAA